CAGCAACCACGACAUACCCACGACAUGGCGAGCGCCAAGCGCAAAAGAGAUGAUCAGGAUGCUGAGGAUACGACCCCAAGGAAGUUGCGAACGCAGCCGGUCGAGGACGAGAACGAUUCCCUGAGCGAACUUGAGGCCCAGACGCCGUCAAGACGAGGCAGGGGGCUUCUAGCUGAAAAUGGAACUCCUCGGUCCAUCCUGAAGAAGUCUGGACUUGCGAAUGAACUCAAUGCUACCCCAAAAUCAAACCGCCGCCUCACGUUCACGACGCCCACCAAAGCCGCAGGCGACGAGACCCCAAAUGGCACGCCCACCAUAGUCCGCAACGCAGACCGCAGCGCUCGCCGUAAAAGCAACCGCCAGUUGAUCGAUCGCACCAUCAAUGGUGAAGAUAGCGAGGAUGAGGUGUUGGGAGAGGAGGACGCACUCGCUCAGCAAAUCUUGAGCGAAGAGGAGGAUGGGCAGACCGAAAAGCGAGAUAAAGAAGCCGAUGCUCAGGAGGCCAUUCCUGUGCCAGAUACACCGUCAAAGCGCCCACGAGGACGACCGAAAGGCACUGGGAAGAACCAGUUGGCAGCGAAGGCAAGAAAGGAACGGGAGCCCUCGCCGCCUACGGAGCUGCCGGCACAAGAACAAUACUUCUGGCAGAACCGUCCUGGAGGAAACAAGACCUCCAACAACACCUUGACCUCGCAGACUCUAUUGAACCAUGAUGAGUACUUCGACACGAUGAAGUCUUGCGUGGAUCGUCAUGAACCUGAGAAAGAAUUCCUGCUGGAGCUGCACAGCCGAGCGUAUGACCAAUGGAUAUUUGAGCUGGAGGAAGGCUUCAAUAUCUGUCUCUACGGAUACGGCUCAAAGCGCGCCAUCACUAGCAAUUUCACGGCACAUGUGUACCAACAUCUUCUAGAUCAAGCACCGUACAAGGGAACCAAAAGGACGCCCAAUAUCGUGGUCGUCAACGGGUACACGCCAAAUCUGACCCUGAAAGACGUCCUCACAACGAUCGCAUCCGCCACCAUUCCCAAGGGAUUGAAGUUGCCCAAUCAGAUAUCUUCUCUCUUGGCUUACAUCCUGGAUACUCUAGCCAGGGACCCUCCACCUCAUCCUCUGUUGGUCGUGAUCAACUCCAUUGACUCGGCCAAUCUGCGAAAGUCUCUGGUCCAAUCAACAUUGGCUGCAUUGGCCGCGCAUCCCUCCAUAAACAUUUUCUGCACGGCGGAUACGCCCAACUUCCCUCUGCUUUGGGACGUAGGUUUGAAGGCUCAGUUCCAAUUCUUGUUUCAUGACGCGACGACCUUCGCACCUUACAGCGUGGAGAUAGAUCCAGUAGAAAUCGUAAACGAACUCCUCGGACGCAGCGGCAGAAGAAUAGGCGGACGCGACGGUAUCGGCUUCGUGCUGAAAUCCCUGCCCCUGAACGCACGAGCGCUGUUCCGCAUCAUCGUUACUGAACAAAUCAAAGCGGCGUACAUGGACGACGAAGACCAAGACGAUGAGGAUGUCACUGCCACAUCACAAAGCAAGAAGAAGAAGAAUGCGCCCCGCACCCCGUCAGAAUCUUCGCAAGGAGUCGAGUACCGUAGGCUAUUUCAUAAAGCCAGGGAUGAGUUUGUUUGCACAAGCGAAGUUGCUUUCCGAACGCUGUUGAAGGAGUUCCACGAUCAUCAGAUGAUCGAAAGUAAGAAGGAUUCGAUGGGAACGGAGAGGUUGCUUGUGCCUUUUCGCACGGAGGAGUUGCAGAUGCUGCUGGAGGAAUUGCUGUUGGAAAACGCGUUCUAGCUGCAUAUAGUAUAUACCCACUCAAUGCAUC